GUCAAGUGUCACUUCAACGUGCCAAGUUGUUAAGGUUAGGAAAAUGUUUUCAUCACAGUAAUUAUUACUUAUUUUUAUUUUUUCCACAUAUAAAUCAUGGAUUUCGCAAGAAAACAACUCGAAAAAUAUGGUUGGAGUGAUGGAAAAGGCCUUGGUAAAAAUGAAAAUGGUAUAUCCGAAGCGUUGAAACCGAAGUUAAAGCGGAGUGUGACGGGUAUUGGCUAUGAUGCAGCGGCAGAUUUCACGGAACAUUGGUGGAGCGCGUUGUAUGACAAGGCAGCCAGCAAUGUUCAAGUGGAAGAAAGAAACGGCAAAACGAAAAGGAUGAAACGAGUAGAUGACAAAGAAUUUGAAAUCACAAAUAGCAUGUGGCGUUUAAAACGAAAAAAUAACAAUGAUAGCACAGAGGAAUAUUCAGAGUCCUUUGUGAGAACAGCUGUGUUGGGCAGCGGGGGCUCCAAGACUACGAAAGUCAAGGAUUCAGAUUCUGAAGAGGAAACCGAUAAGAAAGAUGCUUUGAAAUUAACUGAUGAAGAGCUGUAUGCGGCUUGUGAAGGCAGAACGGCUCAUAAGGGUGCGCGACACGGUCUCAGGGCGUUAGGUAAGUUAGCGAGAAUAGAGCAGCAGGAAAAACAGUUAUUACAACAAGAGAAAUAUAAUCACUUCAGAGCAAAAAAUAAAAGCAACGAUGUGGAUCAAGUCGUCGAAGACACAAGUUUAUUUGAAGAUACUGAAGUUACUAAGAAGAAAAAGAAAAAAAAGAAACGAUGCAACAGCAAGGGGAGUGAUAAUAAUGAUGUUAGUACUAAUGAAUGUAAUGAUAAUCAUAUUAAUGAUAAUGUAGAUAAUGAGUGUAAUGAAAGAAUAAAUAAUGAAAGUAUUGAUGUAAAUAAAGAUUUAAGAAAGAAAAGAAAGAAAUCUAAAAAGAAAGAAAUUGAAACUAUUAUUGAAGUUCCAAGUGAUAUCGAAUAUGAAUUAAAAUGCAAGAAGACAAGAAAGAGUAGUACUGUAGCUGGAGAAGAGCCUGAAGUUGUUACAGAAGUACAAAUUGAAAGUUCAAGUAAAAAGAACAAAAAGAAGAAGAUAGAUAAGGAAAUAAAUAUUUAAAAUAAACAA